UAUUGAUAAAAUUCGAGAGGCGUGUGAAGAAUUAAAUGAUAUAGCUAGUAUGGAAAAUUUUUGUAAAGGGAUUGAAGAUGUUUAUAUAAAUAAAUAUACUUGGAAAUGUGCCCUUUUGGCUGCUGGAAGUGCUUUAAAAGCAAUGGAAGCUGUUCUAGAAUAUAAUAAAAAUUUAACUAAAGAAAAACAAAGAAUUGAAGAAGAUUCCGAAUAUUUAAAUAUACCCGCCCCAAAUUCUUUUGCGGCUAUUCGCCCUCCAGGACAUCAUGCUUCGGCGGAAACUUCUUGUGGUUUUUGUAUAUUUAAUAAUGUUGCUAUUUGUGCUAAAAAGGCGAGACAAAUGGGUGUUGAAAGAGUUUUUAUUUUGGAUUGGGAUGUGCAUGCGGGACAGGGUACUCAAUAUUGUGUCGAAGGUGAUCCAGGAAUUUUAUUAGUAUCUGCUCAUCGAUAUGAAAAUGGGCAAUUUUGGCCUGAACUUUCAGAAUCUGAUAUUUUUAAUGAAUACAAAAACACAAUAAAUAUUCCUUUAAAUGAAAUUGCUUAUGGGGAUGCUGAAUAUUCUGCUUUAAUGCAUUUCCUUAUUCUUCCAUUAAUUCAGCAAUGGCAACCUGGACUAAUACUUGUUUCUUGUGGUUUUGAUGCUGGAAUUGGAGAUCCUCAAGGGGAAAUGGAAGUUAGUCCAGCUGGUUUUGGAUAUAUGACUAGUUUAUUGGCUAAUUUGGGAAUACCUUUAUGUUUGGUAUUAGAAGGUGGUUAUUUCCUCGAAAGUGUUGUACAAGGAACUCGUUUUUGUAUGAAAGCUCUUUUAAAUAGGACUCCUCCAGUUGUCAAUUUUUGUCAUCGACCGCCUUCCCCAAUAUUUCUUGGAACUCUUUAUAAUGCCUUACAAACAUUUAAACAUCGAACAAUCAACAACAAUUUCCCUUUAUUUAAUUCAUUUAUUCAUCAAUUAAAUACGCUUAGAUGUGCACUUUGUUCAGCUACAGAUAGAAGAAAAAGACGUGAAUUGGCACCUAUUGGAGAAAUGGAAAACGGCAAAUCAGGCAAUAAAGAAGGAGAAUUCCCUUCUUCCCCUUAUUUUGGUGAUCGAAAAUCUGUACAAAUAGCCUUAGCAACAAAUACAUAUCCAACUAGAGGACAAUACCCUCCACGAGUUCCUGCAAUUGAAAAACAAUUUUCUCUCCGUUUAAAACAAUUAAUUGAGCAGUAUUCAUUAAAUACACAAUAUGAAAGAGCCGUUCUUGAUUUUGAAUUAGAUAUUAAUGGAAAACUUUUAUUAAUAUUACCUAAUGGAAUUGUUAAACAAAAUGGGGCAAAUAAUAAUUUUAAAGAAUUACUUCAAUUUAAUAAUUGUCAGCAAUUUUUGCUUUUAUAUUUUUAUGUACUUUUACCAUUGAAUUUUACUUAUAUUGAUGUUAAACUUUCAAAAAAUAAAUUACCAUUAUGUUCUAGUCAACUUGAUAAAUUAAUUAAUUUAAUUAAAAAUAUAGAAGAAAAUAAUAAAUUAAUUAAUGGAUAUAAUAAUGAAAAAGAAAAAUAUAUUACCGAUUUGGAAAGAAUUUUGGAUGUUUUUGCACAAAUGAAGCCUUUCUUUUUAUUUUAA